AUGGCUUUGUCUAGACUGUGGUGUGUCCGUCGAGCACUCUCAUUUUACUCGACUUGGAAUGAAAAUCUUCAGCGAAAGAUCUCGAUUUUUGUGUGGAGCUUGAACGUUGUACUUUCUGGGCAUAUUUUCAUUUUCGUUGAUUGUCGAGCCUGGGAAAUGGGCAAAGACUCGUGGUCAUUCGGGACAAGAACUCCAAAUAUCAUCUCAACUUUUUAUGCAGUCUAUGUGCACAAUUUUCUCUUCUUAAUGACGCUUUUCAUCUAUGGAUGGCUGGGAUACGAGUUGUAUCGAGCGAAGAAUUUCCCUGACUAUUUGGCGCGGCAAACGCUGAUCGCGCAAUUCUUGAUCAAUUUGCCAAAAUGGAUCAAUGCGGUGAACAUUUUGUACGGGAGUCUCGAAUGUUGCCUCUUGAAUGGAAUCAUUCCGCCGAUGAAUUUGAAAUUGUUUUGGCUACUUGCUCAAAUCGGUGGCACUUUUUAUGGAAUCAAUGCAACAAUCGUCGUCUUUGUCUGCUUUCCAAAGGCUAGAAAGCGUUUUCGCGAGGUUAGCCGCCGAUUGAUUUGCGGAAAAGUGACACCCCGAGCUCAAAUCUUCUCGAUUUCUGAUCAAUUCUUUAACUCAACAGUUAGA